AUGGUUGUAACUAGCAUACACUCUAAACGGUAUGCCCGUAUGCCCGUAUGCCAGUAUGGUAUGCUGCGUGUACCGCAAGAGCCCACCGCCGGGAACGCUUGGCGAUCCGCUCACUGGGUGCAUCUGGCCAAUAAUGGAUGCGGUCCAGACCCCCUGUUUCAGGCGGCCUUCGUGGCACCGCACGAGUCGAUUUCUCUCCGUCUCGGCAUCGCUGCUGAAACAAAAAGCGAACCCAGUCAAAGAAUCAAAUUUCCACCCUGGACUGUUCGGGAGAUAUGA